UAAUCCUUAUUCUAUUGCGAGUCUAUAUGUACGAAAUGACCAACAAAUUAGUUGUUCUGCUUUCAAUAUUGGGCGUAGCCUUUGGUGCGUCUAUGGAAAUCAUCAAACCGUCCGAGGCUUUCAAUAACUCGGCGAAACUCGACAAUGGCGGGAACUAUUUUCUAUUCUGGAAUUUCAACAGCAGCCAUAUUACAUUCGAGGUGCACGUAAAUACUACAGGAUGGGUGGCUUUCGGCCUGUCGGACAAUGGUAACAUGUACCCGGGUGACGUAGUAGUCGGAUGGGUUGACAACAGAGGGGCGACGACCUUCUCGGACCGCCACACUAACGGCCAUGUUAUGCCCAUCAAGGAUGCCUCGCAAGACUGGCAUCUCCUCCAUGGUGAAGAGGUGAACUCCUUCACGGUUCUCAAGUUUGUCAGGAAGAUAGAAACCUGCGACACGACAGAUGAUAUUACAAUACCGUCUGGAACGACGCGGCUUAUCUUUGCAUACGGACAGUCGGAUCCAACAUCCGAGGACACCAUUUCUUACCACGGAACAACACGAGGGACAAAGAGUGUGUCCUUGCUUAGUAAAGUGGUUGUACCUCAGAAUUUUCCUGACGAUGUCGUGACGUUUGAUUUCCUGAAUAAUGACUAUUUACUACCAAACGCAACCACAACCUACUACUGCAAGGGUUUCUUCUUGCCGGAUUUUGGCAAACACCACAUGAUUAAGUUCGAGCCGGUUAUAACCCCGGGUAACGAGAAGACCGUUCAUCACAUCCAAGUAAACCGUUGCAAGAACGUGAACCGAACGCAGAGUGAGAACGCACAAGGAGAGUGCCUCGAGGGCAGACCCCGGGCCUUCCCGAGUAACUGCAGAGACACAUUCAUCGCAUGGGCUAUUGGUGGAGAGGCAUUUUAUUUCCCAGAAGAUGUCGGAUUCCCUGUCCUAGAAGAUCCGAAUGUGAACGAGUAUUAUCUGAUGGAGACUCAUUAUGACAACCCGACCCAGAAGACCGGCGUGAUUGACAAUUCCGGUAUUCGGAUCACACUGACCAAGCAGUUCAGGAGGAACGAGGCCUCUCUGUUGGAAAUCGGGGUCACCAUUAACCCACAUCAUGUCAUUCCGCCAGGCCUUCCGGCCUUUAUAUCAUCCGGGUACUGUACGGAUCGCUGUAUCAGUGAAGCAUUAAAACAAGGCCGUGUUCAGGAGGUCAAGGCUUUCAGUCAUAUGCAUCAUUCCCAUCUUCUUGGUCGUGCAAUGAAAACACGUCACUUCCGUAACGGAACAGAACUGAAGCCAUUGGCUUACGAACCGGCCUACGAUUUCAAUUUCCAAGAAUUCAGAUUGUUCCCUGAGGAGAUCCCGAUCCGACCAGGUGAUUCAUUUACGGUUGAAUGCACAUAUGAUUCCACAAAACGUUCGGAACCGACCUUCGGUGGUUUUUCGACCCUGGACGAAAUGUGCGUGGCCUAUGUAUACUUCUACCCUGCACUGAAAGUGACAAGGUGUGAAAGCGAACCGAGAUAUCCCGUUUAUAACCUCGAUCCGAGACAGAUGAUUGAAAAUGUUCGCUCUGCCAACUGGACUGACCCAGCGGUGGUCAAAGAUUUUAUGGACAACUUUAGCAUGGCGAAACAUUAUCAUCGAUGUAACGGGCAAAAUCACUUUGGUGUGUAUGCAGGUACGUAUAGCGAACCACUUCCACACCUGCCCUAUGUACCUCCAGCUCCGAAUUGUACACACAACUAAAAUGGUCGCCAUUUGGAUUUGUACCAUGAAGUUGUAUCUACAUGGGAACCAGGAGAGCGUAGAAAUGAUCGGACCAGAAACCAGACAAUGUUUAAUAGAUAUAUUGUCGGAAUAAAUAUUAGCAUCAA